AUGCGUUACUCUCUCGCCAUCGUUGCUGCUAUUGCCGCCUCCGUCCAGGCCCACGGUGUCGUCUCUGAGAUCCAGGGUGCCAACGGUGUAAACAUGCCUGGUCUUUCCGUCCAGGAUGGUACUCCCCGUGACUGCGCCUCUCCCCUCUGCGGCUCUGAGGCUGAUACUUCCAUCAUCCGUACCCGCGAGAUGGGUGGCAAGGCUUCGGCUCUUGGACGCACUCAGGGUGGCGGUGCUGUUGACGCUGGUGCUGCUAUCGCCAUGUUCAUGGGAGGAGGUGCCGGUGGCGCUGCUACCGGCGCUGCUACUGGUGCUGGCGCUGCUACUGGUGCUGGUGCGGCUGCCAACAACAAGCGUGGUCUUCUCGACGCUCUUACCGGUGGCGCUGGAGGCGCUGGUGGUGCCGCUGGUGGUGCUGCUGCUGCAGGCACCAAGACUCCCAAGGGAACUACUGAGAAGGGUGUUGCCGCUGCCGCAGGCACUGGAGCUACCUCUGGUCUUCCCACCACUGCCGAUGACGGCACCAUCACCAUGACUUUCCACCAAGUCAACCAGGACGGUGCCGGUCCUCUGACCGCUCAGAUCGAUGCUACCUCCGGUGGAACUGACCCUGCCGCCUUCCAGGACGCCACUGUCACCCAGAACGUCCCCGGUAUCGGUAUUGGAGGUCUCUCUGCCGCUUCCGUCAUGGACUUCCCCGUCAAGGUCCAGAUGCCCGCUGGUAUGACCUGCCAGGGUACCGCCGGUGGUGCCAGCAAUGUCUGCAUCGUCCGCAUGCAGAACUCUGCCCUCGCUGGUCCUUUCGGCGGCUCCGCAGCCUUCACCCAGAGCACUGCCGCUAAGAAGCGCGCUGUUGAGUACAACCUCCGCAAGCGCCACAUGGCCCGCGGUAUCCUCGGAAAGCCUGAGUAA